UCCUAAUUGCCGAUAAAAUCACGUGCGUCAUGUCAUAUCGAUAAGCGUCAUCUUUCAUCUCCAACUCCCAUACUCAACUCAACUCUGUACAUAACACAAUCCAAUUUCCACUGUUUGAAGAAAAAAGACAAAAUGACAGACCCAGAAGACCCAGACCCCCUCAAAACACCCUACAACCCACUAAUCAACCUCUUCAAUUCGCGCCCCGUUCUAGUUGACGAAAUCUACCACUACCCCGAAAACCCCAACGCCAACGACACCAUCAACGACGACGAAAAUGACCCCCCAAAAAAGCACAUCUUCCUCACAACCCCCCUAACAUCCCCCCUCCUCUUCAAAAACACCACCUCCGACGCCCGCGACCACUGCGCAAACGAACGCACCUUCCUCUCCUGGCUGCGAUUAUCAAUGUAUCUCGCAAUCGUCUCCUCCGCGAUAAUAAUCUCCUUCCAUUUCCGGUCUCCGCCGACGAAACUGGAAAAGCAUAUGGCGUUGCCGCUGGGACUGGUGUUUUGGGUGCUUAGUCUGGCGUGUUUGGCGAAUGGGUUGGCGAAUUAUGUAAGGACGGUGUGGAAGUAUAGUCGGCGGGCGGCGUUAGUGCAGAGUGGGUGGAAGACGCAGAUGAUUGUUGGGAUUGUGGGGGGUGUGAUCUUGGGGUGUUGUGUUUUGUUUUUGGUUACGGAUGCGAAGACUCAAUGAUUUUCUCUGGUGAUGGAAAGAAAAGUAUGGUAUCUGAUUAUGUAUGUAGGUAUGUAUGUAUGCAAGUUACAUCCGUCGAAUGCCCGUCUCCCCCUUGUACUUGUCCAGCGAAGGCGAAC